GGACCUGAAGCAGAAGAACUCAGAACAAGAAGAGAAGCUUCAAGUCCUAGUGACUGCGAAGUCAGGGAUUUAACUCAACUUGAAGGAGCUGCACAGGAAGCUGGAGAGGACUGAGCUCCUGCUUCAGGAAGUCGGCACGCAACAGUCUUAGGUUCCCUGCCUCCAGACCCUAUUUUCCUGCCUCACAGAGGUUUAUGUUACUGUCCUUUCGGGUGAAUCCCUUCUCCUUCUGCACUUGCUUGGCUUUUCUCCCAAAGGUUCAAAUCAGACAGUUGGAAUCUUGAUGUUUGAGAAAGCAGAAUUGAAGACAGCACUGUAUCACACUGAAUGUGCUCCCAGGCAGUUUGAAGGAGAGUCCACGGAUCUGGCCAGCCGCCUGCAGUAUUUGCAGCAGUUUACGGGAGAGUUGGAACGAACUCUCUUUGCUGUCUCCACGCAGCAGAAGAACAUGGACAGGGUGAGUCGUACAGCCUGCCCCAUCCCCUGGCAGCCCAGCUUCCCAGAUGGAGGAGUUGAAGCUGGUUAUGAAGCUCUUGAUGCUAACCAGCAGUUACAGCAGGCCAUGGAGGAGCGGGCACAGCUGGAAGCACACCUGGGGCAGGUGAUGGAGUCACUGAAACAACUACAGAUGGAGAAAGAUCAACACGCUGAGAAUCUGAAAGGAGAGAGCACCUUGUGGUGGCAGAGGAUGCGGGAGAUGUCAGAGGAGGUGAGACCUGACCCUUCAGCCCCAACCACAGAUAGGUCACUUGAUUGUUCCAGGCAUCUGUGAAAUGGGAGGAGCACAGCCAGAGGUGGUCAUGGGUCUGGGCUUUGUGGAGGUAGGGGCAGACAGGGAGACGGUAGCCUGUCCAGCCACCAGCCCUGCUCUCCAGGGCCCUUUCCCCCUGUGCUUUGGGCAGGUGCACACGUUGAGGGAGGAGAGGGCACAUAGCAUGAGUCGAGUACAGGAACUGGAGACGAGCUUGGCUGAACUAAGGAACCAGAUGGGUGAGCUGGGGCUGGGGUGACCUGGGAGCAGGACUGGCGUCAGAGGGCUGUGGGGAUGGCUUAGAAUGCCCCAGGGAGGUGGGCGCAUGGAAAGGCUUUGAGGCAGAGGGAAAGAGGUCUGUGCCAGGAGAUGGCAAGUCUUGUCAUCUUCAUGAGCCUCAAUGUCCCCAUCAGCCAAGAGGAAAAAGUUGUCAGCCACCCACAAGUGUCUCUAUCUGAAAGUGGCUUGGAAGAUUGGCUACCAUCAGGGUGUGAGGAAUCAUUAGCAGGGAGGCCAAGUUUGGGGAGGUUGAGGUGAGGAGUGGAUCAAG